GAAAAAAAAAAAAAAAAAACUUAUUUCGAAUCUAAUCUCUAAUGUCUUCCCUACAGCUUUUUUGCCUAUAACCCAACAAGCUGUAGAGAUUUUUGCUAUUGUUAUUGUUAUCUAUUUUAAGUAAAUGUUUAAAGCACAGCCACAGCUGCGAGCAGGAAAAGAAAAGAUGUUAAAGGCGGGGGUUGGGGCCUAGCAAAAAGUUACAUCUUGUAGGGUCUUGGUGUAUAGCCUGCAAGUUGGAGAGAGGAGAAGAAGGGAAGCUGCAUAACUGAAUGUCGAUGGCAGUGGCGUCAACGGUAAGCGUGCUCGCAGCCGUCCGAUUGGAGAGUUGGAGAUCCAGUGGUGGUCUUCCUGCUCCUCGUCGUCUCUCACUCUCUAAACCCACUUGGGUCGUCAGAACUGAGUCAAAUGUUUGGCGAGAGAGAAUGAAGAAGCCUGAUACACCAUGUGUUGUCUGCCAGGGAAGUGGCAGAGUUGAUUGCCGUGAUUGUUAUGGAAGAGGAAGGACAAACCGUGUUCAUCUAGAGAUGCUUCCCAAAGGAGAAUGGCCAAAAUGGUGCAGGACUUGUGGUGGUAGUGGCCUCAGCUACUGCUCCCGUUGCCUUGGAACUGGGGAAUACAGGCACAUAAUGGGCUUUCAUUUCAUGAAAAGAGAUGCUGAUCACACCCAAGAUAGUAAGUGUAAGAUUCAAGGUGACCAUGGUUCGCAGAGCGCAGCAGAUCGACUGCUUCAUUAUGAGCAGAACAAUUCAGGUAAUGAGAUAUGAAGAGUUGGUGGAAGCAUGGAUAUGAAGACGUGAUGAGACUAGGCAAAUUUAUCACAGAUGAGGCUCCAUGUUGUGUAAACCAAGUGGUGAUUUUCAGGCAUGCAGCUGAUUCUGAAAUUCUAUUUAGAUGGGCACCUUAAAUUCCAAAGGAUCCAAGUUCCCUCCAUUAAAAUAGAGCAAAAAGUUACAGGUUUUCUACAGUUUGCAGUAAAACAUUGCUGUUAUCGUAUAUCUUAAACUAGUUGAUACUCUUUGCACAGUAUGAUGGAAUGAGAAUGCGGCUUCUAAGCAUUAGAUCUACCGUGAAGUAAACACUGUUCCUCCUCUACUUGCCUUCUCUCUGUUAUCCUGUCCUUCCUCAUUAAUUACUGCCUCCGAAGGAGACUCAUUUAUAUUUUGAGGGUUUUGGAGAUGGACAUCAUUUCUUAUUAAUCAGGAAACAUUAGAACUUGCAUUUGGCUUUUGACAAACUUGAUUUACGCUGGGAGAGGCAGUGUUGCAAAGGCAGCAGAAACUAGAAACUUGAGCCUACCCAGGAAGACCGAACUGAGGUUAAAAUGUAAAAAUGGUAAUUUAUG